AUGAAAGGUAUCUCAAAGAUCAUUUCAGCUUCGAUCAUCAUAAUGAGGUUGGGCUCAUCAAGGGCUGAUCCUUGUGCUAGCAAUCAGUUUGUUCAAAUGCCUGUGGCAGUGCCAUCUCAGGUUUUGACACCUGGAAGGCCAGCAGAUGGGAUAUACAAUUGCGGGAUGGGCAGCACACCUCAAGUAUUCUACCCAACCGCGAAUGGAUUGCCCACUGCUCCGGGAGCAUUGCAGCCUGGCACUACAACGCCCACUACAUGUGAGGUUUCUGUUGUGAAGAAUUGCGAGGGCAACGAAGAAAAGCCAAAGGAGCCAGAAACAGUGAUAGUGACUCCACCUCCAGAGACCAAAAUUCCGGAGAUAAUCACUGUGCAGACAAUAACCACUCAGGUUCCGCAGAUGCAGACACCUGUAGUUGUGCAGCCUCCGGUUAAUCAGCAGCCGAAUGCGCCUGUUGUUGCAUCACCUGUUCCGAUUCAACAAAUUCCAACGAAUGGAGUGCCAGGAGUUGUUGGUGUUCCUAUAGUUGGGCCAAAUGGACAGCCAGGAGUUGUUGGUGUUCCUGCAAUAGUACCUGAUUGCAAUUCUCUGACGGCUCCGGGUAUGCCAGUAAAUACGCUUCCAGGAGUAUCAGCAUGUGGCAAUAUGUCGACAAUUACAGGCAUGCCAUCCUUUCCGGGUAUGCCAGUAAAUACGCUUCCCGGAGUAUCAGGAUAUGGUAGUAUGCCAUCCGUCCCGGGUAUGCCAGUAAGUACGCUUCCCGGAGUAUCAGCAUGUGGUAAUAUGUCGACAAUUACAGGCAUGCCAAUGGUUCCAGAAGGAAGCAUACCAGCAGUAAACAUGCAGGGAUUCAGUGGAGUGCCGACUGUGAAUAUUUCUGGCGCAGCAGGAUGUUUUAACAUGUCUACAACAACUUUACCAAAUCCUGCAAUUGGUAGUUCGUAUGACUCAGAUCUUCACAUGCUUGGAGGGCCUUGUGAUCUUGGCGAGGUUGGUAAAUCAGGAGAUGUUGCAAGUCUAGGGAAUGCCGGAUGCACUGUUGAAGUAAAUCCAAGCCAAUACACUCCUGCAUCGCCUCCUCCAGUUGAGAUAGGGCCAUGUGCGCCUGAGACUGCAAGAGUCACAUACGGUGGAUUGCGACUUCCUGCCUCAACUUCAUUUGUGAACCAAAUCAAGAACUGUUCUACAUCCGAGAAUGCAUGCGGUGAUGUGUCACAAUGUGGUGAGGCAUCAAGCUGUCAAUCUAGCUGCCAACAGACAAGCUGCUCAAGCUGA